UAUCAAUAUGAGACUGUUCGUAGCACUAGUGGUCUCAUUUGCAGCAGUAAGUGCUCUCCCCAUCGAGAAUCCCGUCAACGGCGAGAAUGGAUGGUUUGUGCCCCAAGAAGAUGGUAGCUUUGAGUGGAUGAACAUAGAAGACGCUGAGGAACUCUUAGAGAGAAGUGAGCCCUCUGAAAGUCGUUCCAAUGUCGUCUCCUUCUACCUGUUCACCAAACAUAACCCAACCGAGGGCAAAGAGAUUAGGGCCGAUGCGUCCUCAAUUGAAGACUCUCAUUUCGAUAAGAACCAUGGCACUCGUUUUGUGAUCCAUGGAUGGAAAGGACGUUACACCGAUAGCAUGAAUGUCAAGAUCACAAAGGCCUGGCUUUCAAAGGGGUACUAUAACGUGAUCGUUGUUAACUGGGAUCGCUCCCAGUCGGUGGACUAUGUUUCUUCAGUGAGAGCUGUUCCUGGAGCUGGAACCAAAGUGGGAGAGAUGAUAGAAUACCUUUACCAACAUCACGACAUGUCCCUGGAGAGUCUGGAGGUUAUUGGACACAGCUUGGGUGCCCAUGUUGCUGGCUAUGCCGGAAAGCAUGUGGGGGACAAAAGGGUCCACACAAUAGUUGGUCUAGAUCCCGCCAUGCCUCUAUUUAGCUACGAUAAGCCCGACAAGCGUCUGUCCACCGAGGAUGCCUUCUAUGUGGAGUCCAUCCAGACCAAUGGGGGAGAAAAGGGCUUUCUUAAGCCCAUUGGCAAGGGCACCUUCUACCCGAAUGGAGGGAGGAAACAACCAGGAUGUGGUACUGACAUUGGAGGAACCUGCUCCCACGAGCGAUCCGUGACCUACUAUGUGGAGGCUGUUACCGAGGAUAACUUCGGUACCAUCAAGUGCAACGAUUACCAGGAUGCGUUGGCCAAUGAGUGUGGAAGAUCCCAUAGUGGAGUUCGAAUGGGAGCAGUAACCAAUGCCUACAUGGUCGAUGGCGACUACUAUGUACCAGUUAACAGUCAGACUCCCUUCGGCAAUAUCGAAUAGAGUCCUGUCAUAAAAUAUAUUCCAUAACUUACAA